AUGAGCGGUAUCGAAGUGACCGGGUUAGUCUUAGCUGUUCUGCCUCUAUUCAUCGAGGGUGCAAAAGCAUACUCACAUGGCGUUGAAACCAUUCGAAAGACCAUCUCUCAUCGAGAACGCGACGAAAAGCUCAUGGAUUUUUAUGACGAGUUCUAUUGGGAAAUAGUUCAGCUGGACCGUCAGACGUUGGGGGUCAUUAAAUCGCUGCCUUACUUAUCCGACAAAAGAAAGGCUGCACUGACGAUAGAUAUACGUUUGGAGGCUUGGGAAGCAGAAGCGGAUGUUUCUCAAGCACUUUUUGACUAUUUUGGAUCGAAGGAGGAUCUGGAUGCUUUUCUGCAUGUGAUGGGUAAAAUUGCCCAGUUGCUUUCUCAGUUGAUAAAAGAUCCUACUAUCCAUAUAUUAUCGAACGAUGUUGAACAAUCCAAGAUGUUUGGCAAAUUGAAGGGGUUUGCCGCCGAUAGAGAGAAAGGCGAUACUACUAGUACCUUCAAGGAAAGAAUACGAUUUUGGAAAAAAGAGAAGGAGCGAACCAUAUGCCUGAAGAAUCUUGCAACUUGGAAUAAAAGACUCUUUCGUUUGACAGAGCAAGCGCAAAAGGAGCCUGCUACUCAAAAAUUAACGUCGGGGGCAAAAGACGUUCCGUCAUCUCAAUUGCGGUCACUCUCGCAAAAGCUGUACAAAGCUCUUGCCAAAUGCUGGAGCUGCAAUUGCUCUCCUCAACACGAAGCCAAGUUUUGUUUGAAAGCUCGAGGAAAUCCCGUGAAACUGACGGUAACCGAAAUCGACUUUGAUUUCUUGUUUUCCGUUCAAGAAGAUUUGAAAUUGGGGAGAUGGCAAGAAGGAACCGUGGUUGUGAGGUCAAACGGCGGAUCUACUAAAGAUGACCGCUCACUUCUACAAAAAAUAUGCGAAACAGUAAACUGUAGAGGGCCCAUUGAUCAAUGUCUUCAGCUCUUGGUCGAAGACACUGGAAAUGAUCAAAUGCUUUGGCAGCUCCGCUCCAUUCCGAAGAGACUCCCCAAGUUUGGAGCAGCACAAGCCGAAUCGCUCCAGACGGUACUGGAGAAAUCGAUAAAAUUGCCUCUCGUCACCAAACGAAGACUAGCCGUCAUAUUCGCACACUCACUAUUACAGCUACACGAAAGUUACUGGAAAAAUAAGGAAUGGAAUAAACACCACAUAUUCUUCUUUCACGGCAUCACUGGAACCCUAGAUUUCCAACGCCCUUACCUAUCUACAGUCUUUGACACCGCCAUCGACGAAAAGAAACCAGUAUUGGAUCUGAACCAAUUCCAUCGAAACCCAAGUAUACUGGCGCUGGGAAUUCUCCUCAUUGAAAUCCACACCGGAAGACUGAUGGAAAAUUUUCACACCGAGACCGAACGACAAGAAGUAAACGCAAACACCGACUGGCUAGUCGCCAAUCGCGUAGUGAAGACUCUCGAAGAUUGUUCUCUUGGAUAUCGUGAUGCCAUUCAAUCAUGUUUGGAUACCCCAUGGGUACCAGCAGGUCAAAGAGUGAAUCUGGAGGAUGCGGGGACUAGGGCUGGUGUGUAUCAGGAUGUGAUCAAGCCGUUGGAAGAUGAGCUUACAUAUUUAUUUCGCGAAAAGAUAUGA